AUGAAGGCUGCCCGGGCCUGGGUCCCCAGGGAGCACCCCACGCGCAACUGCGCCCGCGUGGCCCGGGCGACUUUCGCUUUGCUCGCGGAGACGCGAGGACUGCUGGCGCCAGCCUGGUCCCCGGCAGCCCUGAGGCUGGACGACCCACAGGCCUGUGACAGCCGAGUCCUGCGGCUGCCCGGCCGCGUCCCUCCCCGCCUCGGGCACUUGGACAAACUACCGGACCCCGGGGCCCUCAACCACCUUCUUGUCUGGGACACGAGGGGCCGCCCAGCCCGCAGAGCUAUGAGGGUCAGCCGCUGCAAGGACCGGGGCUCUGACUCCUGCGGGGAGGCGGGUUUGACCCAGGAUCCCACGGGGCAGGCAGGCCUUCCUGGGCAGUUACGAGGGCUGACCCUCACCCGGCCUUCUCUGCAAGAAGCUUCUCUGCAAGGCCGGGUUUCCAGCCCCAGUUCCCUGGCCAGCCCUGGCUCCCCGGCUGGCCCUGGCUCCCCGGCUGGCCCUGACAUCCCGGCUGGCCCUGGCUCCCCGGCUGGCCCUGACACCCCAGCCGGCCCUGGCUCCCCAGCCGGCCCUGACACCCCGGCCAGCCCUGGCUCCCCAGCCGGCCCUGACACCCCAGCCGGCCCUGGCUCCCCAGCCGGCCCUGACAUCCCGGCUGGCCCUGGCUCCCUGGCUGGCCCUGGCUCCCCGGCUGGCCCUGACACCCCAGCCGGCCCUGGCUUCCCAGCUGCCCCUGGCUCCCCGGCUGCCCCUGGCUACCCGGCCCGUUCUUCUCUGGGCAGGAAGAUACGGAAAGAUGCUGUCUCAGCAGGUCAGCCGUCAGGCCUGGCAGCCUUGCAGAACAAGGUCCCCCGGAGGGACACUGUCUCGGAGCUCCAGUCAUGCCUGUGGCAGGCCCGGGCGCUGGGGGAGCGGGUGCAGGCGCUGAAGGCCAGCGCCCGGAAGGAUGCCGAGACGCCCAGCAUGCCGGAGGCUGAGGGCCGUCCGGAGCAGCCGUGCGGCGAGCCCCUGCCCGCCUACCAGCGCUUCCAUGCCCUGGCCCAGCCCGGCCCCCCGGGGCUGGUGCUGCCCUACAAGUACCAGGUGCUGGCCGAGAUGUUCCGCAGCAUGGACACCGUCGUAGGCAUGCUCCACAACCGCUCCGAGACCGCCACCUUCGCCAAGGUCAAGCGGGCCGUCCAGGACAUGACGCGCAAGCGCUUUGAGGAGCGCAGCGUCGGCCAGAUCAAGGCCGUGUACCCCGCGUCCUACCGCUUCCGCCAGGAGCGCGGCGUGCCCACCUUCAAGGACGGCGUGAAGAGGUCCGACUACCAGCUCACCAUUGAGCCGCUGCUGGACCAGGAGGCUGACGGCGCGGCCCCCCAGCUCACGGCCUCACGCCUGCUGCAGCGGCGGCAGGUCUUCAGCCAGAGGCUGCUCGAGCGAGCCAAGGAGCACCACAGGGCCUUCCUGGCCUCCCUGAGCCCCCCCAUGGAGGUGCCCGACGACCAGCUGACCCGCUGGCACCCCCGCUUCAGCGUGGACGAGGUGCCUGACAUCGAGCCAGCCGCGCUGCCCCAGCCGCCCGCCGCGGAGAAGCUCGCCACAGCCCAGGAGGUGCUGGCCCGGGCCCGAGGCCUGGUGUCACCCAGGAUGGAGAAGGCCUUGAGUGAGCUGGCCCUGCGCUCCGCCAAGCCCAGCAGUCCCGCCGAACCCAGCAGCCCCGCCCUGCCCGCCAGCCCGCCCCCCACCCCGCCCACCACCCCGACCCACGCCCUGAAGGGGGUGUCCCAGGACCUGCUGGAACGGGUCCGGGCCAAGGAGGCGCAGAAGCAGCUGGCGCAGAUGACCCGGCGCCCUGAGCAGGAGCAGAGGCUGCAGCGGCUGGAGCGGCUGCCCGAGCUGGCCCGCCUGCUGCGCGGCGUCUUCGUGUCCGAGCGCAAGCCGGCGCUCACCAUGGCGGCGGUCUGUGCCCGCAUGGUGGGCAGCUACUGUGCCACCAUGAGCCCCGGUGAGAUGGAGAAGCACCUUCUGCUCCUGUCCGAGCUGCUGCCCGACUGGCUCAGCCUCCACCACGUCCGCACCGACACCUACGUCAAGCUGGACAAGGCCGCCGACCUGGCCGGCGUCACCGCGCGCCUGGCCCUCCGCGCCCGCGCCGAGGGGCUGUGAGUCCGGUGGCUGCUGCAGAGCACACGGGCCGGGGACGUGCUGGUCUGGGCCACCGUGCCCGUUUCACUCGUGUGAACUCGACGCACUUGUCUCUUCCUGGGAGGGUCUCAUGGAGGUGGGUGGCGGGUCUGUGUGGUUGGUUCCGGGCACGGCGUGUUGACAUUAAACUGGUUUCUGUAGGCGGUUCCGCCUUCAUUGCUGUUGGCAGUGCUUGUCAGGGGUGUGGGGCCGGGCAGGGUCAGGGAGUGUGGUUGGCAGAGUGCCACCCCCGAGACGUGCCCCCUGUCGUGAUCCUGGAACUUCUGAAUACAUGACCUCACGGCACAGGGAUGGGUCACGCCAGGAGUUUGGAGGUGAGGUUAGGGUUAGGGCCCGGGUGGGCCCAGUGUCAUCACAGGGUCCUUGUUGGAGACCAGAGGAAGUCAGAGGGAGGUGCCACCCUACCAGGGAGUAUAGGCAGCCCUGGGAGACAAGGGAAGAUGCCCCCUGGACCCAGCCUGCCAACACCUUGACCUCUGUACUUCUGACUUUUGGACUCUAAUGGGUGUUUUUUUUUUUUUUUGAGACAGAAUUUCACUCUGUUGCCAAGGCUAGA